AUGAGCAUAUUCAAGAUCGCCUAUGGUCUACUGCUAUUGAAUUUAGUUGUUGGAAUAUCCGCCGUCAGUGAGAAGCCAGAAGUUUUCUCAACCGAUGAAUAUAUUAAUGACGAAACAGUGCCAGUCACUGAUGAGGUUAUGGAUCCAAACAUAGAAAUAAAUGAUACAGUUGAUGACGAAGAUCUGGAAGGAGGAACAGAUGCCACGUGGGAUAGAAAUCGCGCUGUACGUGACGUGGCGUAUUAUUUAAGAGCCCAUAAAUUUCUAGACUAUGAUCAUCGUUAUUACAAGAUAAAUGAGGAAUCAUUUGUGAAACUCUACCAAGAUUUUCCUAAGCCCCCAUUAAGAUCGUUAAACUGGGAAGUCCAUCAAUAUUGCAUGGAUGGCUUCACCAAUUGCCUGAAGUAUCUCGAUACCACUGUACAAUUGACCUCAUUGAAGCGGUCUGACGAUACUAUCACAAUCAUGAAACAGAACAACUGGAAUCCCGUGAAUAAUAGCCAACAGAUUUUAUCGAUACAGAAGGACUGUCAACUAGCGCAGCGUCGAGAUAAUCUGACAUUCAUCCCUUUUCAAGGACCCAUUGAGAGAUUUCAGUGGCGUACAUCAGCUAGUUAUUACAUGUGUUGGUACACAAUGCUGGAAAGUCCGGAGCUCGGACUUUUCGGUGAAACCUGUGAUAAUCAUGCCAAUUGCUUGGAUAUCUAUGGUAGCAACAACAAAGAUCCAAGAGCAGAUGACAGUAAGCCAUUUGCUUGUGCAAUGUAUAGUUUUUGUCCAGAUCACUGUUGUCCCAUGAAACACAUCUGGUACAUGGAGGAGUGUUUCCAGAGCGAUGAAAACCCGUGCUAUCAUGUCAAUCGUCCAGCUGCUAGAAAAUGUUCACUGAGGCGAGAGAGUAAUCAAGAUUUUAAUGCAUUAAUGGGCAAUCAGAUGAAUUUCAGUUGUAUAUGCCUGAUUGGGGGAUAUGAAUGGUCCUCGAGAUUUGGUUUGUGUGUUGAUGUGAAUGAAUGCACGAGAGGUCUUCACAAUUGCUCUUUCAAGGAUGGCCAGACUUGUGUCAAUCUACCUGGUAGUUUUGACUGUUUGUGCCAAUUUGGACUGGUCUGGAAUAGCGACGUGCGUAAAUGUGAGAUUAGUAAUAUCUUCGAAAGUAUCCUAGAGAACAUAUUGAACGACAAGAAUUUAAAAAGCAAGGACAAUUUCAUGACGACUUUUGUCAAAACUUUGGCUAGACAGAGUGAUAUCAUCACUAAAGUGAAGAACAUCUCCAAAAAAUCUAGUAAGAUGAAUCCAGGACGUGAAGAGGAUUUUGCGAUGGUGCGCGCGGGUUAUGUGACUGUGACGGAAAAUGUGUGGUGUCCUUGGGAGUGGGUUGAGCGUGGUAGUGCUGAGUGGGUGUUGGCCCAGGUCUCGCAGAAAAUAGCCCAACAUUAUUUGGAUGCCCACAUACGAAGGACUGGAGCAGACCAUUUCAUUAAUCUCAACCUGCAGCCGGUGGGAUAUCUUGUUGUUGAUGAGCUGGUGAACUGGCAUAUCUUCCUCCUGAGUGACGAUUUUUUUGGAUGGUGGUUUCCAAAUCGAUCGAACCGAGACGAGAGAUUCGAGGAUGAUUCUGAUGUCGGCAGUGGUGAUGAGCCGGAAGAUCACUAUAACGGUCCUAGAUUACCACCGAACCCGCAACCUCAGGCGGGACCUGACGAGGAAUAUGAGUCUGAGGGGGAGUCUGAGGAGGAAUCUGAGAGGGAGGUGUAUGAACCAUCUCAAUUUGUGGAGUAUGUGAUCCUCAUCCCCUGGGUGCUGAUACCUGCAGCUUGGCGUGCGCAAUAUCCUAGAUCGUAUCUGGAACAAGCUGCAGCCCGGGCCAUCAUGAUGAUCCACGUAGCCACUGAGUUGAUCGACUUGACCGUGAAUUUAGAGCCUCCUGCAAUCCUCAUCGCAAAUGAGGAUUAUUAUUGGUUCUGA